GCAUUCAAUUUUCGCUGUGUUGAUGGAUCAAUGCCAACAGCGGUUACGCAAGCACAUUUAAAAUGCUUUCUACUUCAAACACGAUGCACUCCAAUCGCUAGUCUCAACAACCCGGGUUACAUUUGCACCUGUCACACACGCUCCAUGCAUUAUAGAAUAGAGUAAUGUUUUGAACGGUUAUUAUCUUUUGCAGCUAAAAAAAACCCGUUUGAUGUUAUCACGCACAACAGAUUGAGUGUGUUAAAUUUUAACAAAGCUUGCUUCAGUUAGCCAGUGUCUCAACAUUCAGCAACAACUAUUUAGCAGAAAAAAUGAGGCGAUUUUUCACCAUCCACAAGCCACCGGGAGUGCCACAUCUCGCGUUAAAACUGCUUCAUGCCGUAGGAAUUGUCAAUGGAGAAACAUUUUCGCAUCGCUUCACCGCAGUGUAUUUGUUGUUUUUAUCAUCGCGAUUCCCAAACUAUUCUGCGGCUACACCUCCUUCGAGACGUCCGUCAUCGGGUUGGCCGAACUAUUCUUUCAUCUCAACAACUAUACUGGCUUGUUACUGGUUUUGGUAAGUAGCAAACAGUUACAGUGCUUGGUUCGAGUUGGCCAAACUAUCGCCGACGAAGUUUUCCAGUGCGCUCAGGCUGAUAUGCGCCAGCUGCUAACGUCCCAUCACAAGCGAAUGCACACAUGGACCAGAUAUUACUGUCUAGUCAUCUUGUACACCGUUAGCAUUUUUGCUAUCGCACCAAUUUGCGCCACAUUCGGGUCGUACAUUCGGGCAGCUCACCGGAACACCACCGCACAGUACGUGCUCCAUAUGGAGGAAGAUUUUUACGGUCUGCAGAUUCGUUCCUCACUGCGAAGCUAUCUUAUGUUCGCCAUCCCGAUGGUACCGAUGUCAUACAUAUGUGCAUAUGUUGGAUGUGCCAAAAUUAUGAUCGUCUUCAAUUUCACCAGCUAUUGCACCGUCUACUUUCGGCUAGUUGCACUCCAACUGCAAUACCAAACUCGAACAGUUCCGUCUGAUCGUGACAGCAUUAGAACGAUCGUUGCGAUACACCAGCAGGCACUGUGCUGUGCUGAUUUGUUGGAAACCAUCGUAUCCCCGAUCAUGCUGAUGCAGAUUGUCCUGUGCGUGCUUAUGUCGAGCUCUAUGGUACUGUACUUUACAUUCGCGACUAUGAGCGGCCACAUGAUAAAUGUGUUGUUGCUGUUUUUGGUUGUUUCGACCGAAACCUUCGGCUACUGUUACCUCGGUACUCAACUUUCGAUGGAGAGCGCACGGAUCGCAUAUGCCGUAUACAACGGAAAAUGGGAGCAACAGCCGACGGAGAUCGCAAAACACCUCCAGCUAAUUUUACUACGCGCACAAAAGCCCAUUGGUAUAACCGCCGGCAAGUUUUGCUUCAUCAACAUGGAGCAAUUCGCAAAGCUCCUUAAAACUACCUACUCAGUGUUUAUCCUGCUGAGAGAUUUAUUGUAAAUUGACCGGUUAAAUGAAGCAAAACUAGAUAUUGAUUUACCCGAUGGCUGGUGUGAUUGUUGCCAUGGGUGUGCUCUGAUCAAAUAUUUACUAUUGACACGCUGCAGCAAAUUAGGCACCCAGCAACAAAGCACAAACUCCUCCACUGGGAAUUGCUUACACAUGGUUAGAAACAAAGUCUACUCGAAUCCUUUUCAUCACUACAGUGAGUUAGUGAUCAAAAAUUAAUACCCUUAGUUU